UCUUCGCGCAGAAACAGGAAGUGGGAUUGCGGACCUAGGAGCCAGACCGGCAGCAGCUCGGGACUGGAUUCGCGCUCUGCGCGCACUGCCGUCAAAUCUUUGCCGCUGCCCCUGGCUGUCGCCUCCCAAGAAAAGUCGUGGGACCAUGUCGAAUAUGGAGAAACACCUAUUUAACUUGAAGUUUGCUGCAAAAGAACUUAAUAGGAAUGCCAAGAAAUGUGAUAAAGAAGAAAAGGCUGAAAAGGCCAAGAUUAAAAAGUGUUUACUUUUGCUCUGUUUAAAACAGGCCAUUCAGAAAGGUAAUACAGAAGUUGCAAGAAUACAUGCUGAAAAUGCAAUCCGCCAGAAGAACCAAACAAUUAAUUUCUUGAGAAUGAGUGCUAGGGUUGAUGCUGUGGCAGCCAGAGUUCAAACUGCAGUAACAAUGGGCAAGGUAACCAAGUCCAUGGCAGGUGUAGUUAAGUCUAUGGAUGCUACAUUGAGGAGUAUGAACCUUGAAAAGAUUUCUGCCCUGAUGGACAAAUUUGAACAGCAGUUUGAAACACUGGAUGUUCAAACGCAACAAAUGGAAGACACAAUGAGUAGUACUACAACCCUAACAACACCACAAAACCAGGUGGAUAUGCUGCUUCAAGAAAUGGCAGAUGAAGCUGGCCUUGAUCUCAGUAUGGAACUACCACAAGGUCAAACAGGUUCUUUUGGCACAAGUGUUACUUCCAUGGAACAGGAUGAACUAUCACAGAGGCUUGCUCGUCUACGUGAUCAAGUGUAAUUUAAAGAACUGGCGCUUUUGUUUACUUCACUGGUUUCUGAAAUAUUUUGUGUGUAUGUAUAGAUAAGUUUCACGCCAGUUACACUAAGUAUGCCAUACAUUACAGAAUGCUUAACACUAUUUGUAUAUAAUGCUUUCUUUUACCUUGCUGUACUUUCCAGUACUUUAAUUCCAGAGAGUUCCCACCUUGACAGACUUUACAGUUUUGUAUAUUAUGUUGAAAAGUGCGAGAGACGGUUUUUUGUAGGUGUCUUAGACUGAGCUAGCAUUAACUUGUUGUAUGUGAAAUAUCUUCCUCAAAAAUUACAUUAAAAAAUCUAGGACCAAAGUACUACAGAAUAAAGUACUUUAUACAGAAUAAAGUAUAGAAUAAAAGUUUUGGUUUCUUUUUAACUCAAGGUAGUUUUAAAUCUCUGUCUACAUUCACAUGUGAUGCAUAAAAAUAAAAACAGGGAAAAUAUGUUUCCUUAAUAUGUUUACAUAACCAAAAACACCUCAUUUAGCGUCAUACAAUGGAUAGUGCUACUUUUUGUUUUGUUUGUUUUUGCUAUUCAAGCAGAAAUUCAGUUGACUUUUAAUCUGUAUUCAUCAACUUUUAAAUUUAGAUUACUAUGAGAAUCUUUACCUAGUAAUUUAAUGACUUAGUUGAAUUCCUUAAAAAAUUUUUUCAUUGAUAAAAAAUCUGCAAAAUUAAUCAAAGAAAUUAAGGUUUGCUCAUUAAAUAUUUUUCUCUUUGGUAAAUAUCACUGUUAAGACUCUCCAAGAAAUUCAGUGUUUCAUACUUUCAAAUGAAACUGAAACACAUUUUUAAUGAUUCCCCAAUUUGCACUCAACCCUUGUUAGGUUGUAUUUUAAAAGGAGAUUAAUUUGCAUGGCCUUAAUAUCAUUUACAUUUCUCACAGAAUUGUUGAUUGGUUUUCAAAAAUCUUGGCCUGUGUUUUUAAACCAACCAACAAAAAAUAACAAAACAAAAUUGAACCAACUCAAGUUACAACUAUUGUUGAUCCUUGAACAACGUAGAGGUUAUGGGUUUCAAGCCCCCUUUGCAGUUGAAAAUCUGUGUAUAACUUUAUAGUUGGCCCUCUGUAUCUGUGGUUCCACAUUCGCAGAUUCAACAAAACACAGGUUGUGUAGUACUAUAGUAUUUAUUGAAAAAAAUCUGUGUAUAAGUGGACCCACACAAUUCAAACCUGUGUUGUUCAGGGGUCAACUGUACUAUAAGUCCUGGUUAAAUGUACUAUAAGUCCUGGUUAAAUGUGUUCAUUCUUUUAUCUUAAACAACUCUCAUAACUGGAAGAAAUGAAGUGGAAAAUAAAUGAAUUGGAAUAAAAUGUUUUGCCCAGCUAUGCAAAUAACUUCCAGCCUAAUGGAGGUUGGGAGCAUAACAUACGGGGUGGGCAGAAAACUCAUAAGAUUGUAAAGAAGACUAGACUCUGGAAGGCCAGGAUGCUUGGGGGAAAGUAUUUGAUGACCAGCUGUACUACUUGCCAUCUCCCCAGGAAUAUCUAUAUUUUACACAACUAAAAUGAACAAAUUAACAUGGGCCUGCACUUUUCUGAUGUAGCAGUCUCAAAUGUGGAGAAGUGACCAAGUUACAUUUUAGAAAGUGUACUACUAAUCUAGGUUAAGUAGGUAAGGUGUUUUUCCUUACUUAAUGUAUGAUUGAUCCAUGAAAGAAUGCCAAUAUUUCAUGAAAUUCUGUUAAGAACACAUCUGUUUAGGUAAUCUUUGUUCAAAGUGCAAUUAUGGAGGCUCUUUUUUUAAAAUUUUUUAAUUUAAUUUUUUUUUUAUACAGAAGGUUCUGAUUAGUUAUCCAUUUUAUACAUAUUAGUGUAUAUAUGUCAAUCCCAAUCUCCCAAUUUAUCACACUGCCCACCCCCACCCCCCACCGCUUUCCCCACUUGGUGUCCAUACAUUUGUUCUCUACAUCUGUGUCUCUAUUUCUGCCCUGCAAACCGGUUCAUCUGUACCAUUUUUCUUGGUUCCACAUAUAUGCGUUAAUAUAUGAUAUUUGUUUUUCUCUUUCUGACUUACUUCACUCUGUAUGACAGUCUCUAGAUCCGUCCAUGUCUCUACAAAUGACCCAGUUUUGUUCCUUUUUAUGGCUGAGUAAUAUUCCAUUGUAUAUAUGUAUACCACAUCUUCUUUAUCCAUUCGUCUGUUGAUGGG